GGCUCCCAAAGUGCUAGGAUUACAGGAAUAAACUCAGGACCUGUGGAGCCUUUGACUUGGCCAUGGUGGGUGGAGCAGAAAACAGGUUGUUACCAGCCCCAUGGCAUCUGGCCCUGUCCUGCAGAAGGAGAGAGUGUUCCAGUCGGGAGCCCAUGCCUACAGAAUCCCUGCUCUGCUCUACCUGCCGGAGCAGAAGACCCUGCUGGCUUUUGUGGAGAAACGGAUGAGCAAGAAGGACGAGCACGCAGAGCUGAUUGUCCUACGCAGAGGAUACUAUGAUGUGUCAGCACACCGGGUGCAGUGGCAAGCUCAGGAGGUAGUGGCCCAAGCCCAGCUGGAGGGCCACCGGUCCAUGAACCCGUGCCCCUUGUACGACGAGCACACAGGGACCAUUUUCCUCUUCUUCAUUGCCAUCCCAGGGCAAGUCUCCGAGCAACACCAGCUGCACACCAGGGUCAAUGUGACGCGGCUGUGCCAAGUCACCAGCACCGACCACGGGAGAACCUGGAGCCCUGUCAGAGACCUCACUGGCUCGGCUAUUGGCCCGGCCCACAAGGAAUGGGCCACCUUUGCAGUGGGCCCGGGGCACUGUCUGCAGCUGCACAACCAGACGCAGAGCCUGGUGCUGCCCGCUUAUGCCUACCAGAACCUGCCUGGUGCCCAGGGGCCAUCCCCCUUCGCCUUCUGCUUCCUCGGCCACGACCACGGGGACAAGUGGGAGAGAGGGGGCUUUGUGGCCCAGGACACCCUGGAGUGCCAGGUGGCUGAAAUCAGGACUGAGGGUCAGAAGCUGGUGUACCUCAACGCGAGAAGCUCCCUCAGAGCCAGGGUCCAGGCCCAGAGUGCCAACGGUGGGCUCGAUUUUAGGGAGCCCCGACUGGUGAAGCAGCUCAUGGAACCGCCCCACGGCUGCCAGGGCAGCAUCGUCAGCUUCCCCAGGCCCAGCUCGGGGUCAGGCUCCUCUGAGACGUGGCUGCUCUACACCCACCCGACUGACCCCCGGCAGAGGCUCAACCUGGGUGUCCACCUCAACAAGCGGCCCCCGGCCCCCGAGGCCUGGUCCGAGCCAGUCCUGCUGGCCACAGGCAGCUGUGCCUACUCGGACCUCCAGAGCAUGGGGACUGGCCCCGACGGGUCCCCGCUGUUCGGGUGUCUGUACGAAUCAGAUAAUUACGAGGAGGUCGUCUUUCUCAUGUUCACCCUGAAACAAGCCUUCCCAGAGGAAUUGCCGCCUCAGUGAGCCAGCUGGGCCGGCGAGGAGGGCCCCUUCCUGCUUCCAUGUUUUCUCCCGUGUCCUCUGGACUUGGAGGCCACCCUUGUUUCCCCUCAUUAACAGUGAGUGCAGAAGUCGGCCUCGCGGCUCUUUCCCUCCCUCCUCCUUGCAGUCUUUCUGGAGGAUUCUAUUCAUCUUUUCAGCCCAGAAACUGAAGGAGCCUGGCUUCUGAGUCCCUGGGUGGAAAGGUGCCACGAACCUGCCUGUCCCCCACUGCCAGCUCCGUGUAGGUCUUGGUGAGUCACCUGGUCCAUCCCGGUUCUUGUCUCAUCUGGCUGAAGAGAGGGAGGGUACUGCACCUGUGUGCUGCUUGCCAGAAAGAACGGGCAGGGUCGGGGAUGAGGGGAUGUAUAACUGAGACCUAGCAGGCACAGUGGGCACACUCUGGGUGAAGGGCACACUUACAACUCCGACUUUAAGUAUACAAAAGCUAAUUAUGUAACCAAAACAUGUGUCCCUGUAAUAUUCUGAAAUUUAAAACACACAUGUUUAAGUGAGUGUCCUACCACAGAGGGGGAGCAGCGGCUUCCUGAUUGUCUUGAGGGGUGACACCCCCGAGGGAGCCUGGCCUGGGUGGAGGAGGCCAGCACCCUUCUGACUCCUGGGCACCUCCAGCGGCUUUGUUACAUGUCCUGUGGAAGAAUGAGCUUGCUCCUCACCCACAGUACCUCUCUAAUUGACUGUCUCAUCUGGCGGGACGGGUGACAAUGGUCAUAGGUCCUUGCAGCUGAGUGGUGUCUCCAUCUGGCCAAGCCAUGUGUACUUUAUCACACACAGGUGUGUCUCAAUAAAAACAAAA